GAAAGGCUCCUCUGUAUCUGUACAACCUCACGGACAAACCUGCUUCAUAUGUUGCCGUGGCAGCCAAGGUGCCGAGAUGGAGGCCAAAGAGGCGUGCACCUGGCUCCGGGCUGCCGGUUUCCCACAGUACGCCCAGCUGUACGAAGAUGGCUUGUUCCCCAUUGAGAUUGUGUCUGUGACCAGGGACCAUGAUUUCCUGGACCGAGAUGCCAUCGAGGCUCUGUGCAGGAGACUGAACACCCUCAACAAGUGUGCCCUGAUGAGACUGGAGAUCUCCCCACAGAGAAAGAGAAGUGAGGAUUCAGACGAGGAAGAGCCAUGCGCCAUCAGUGGCCUUUGGACCUUUCAGCGGGACAGCAAGCGCUGGUCUCGCCUGGAGGAGCUGGAUGUCUUCUUCCUCCCGGGUGGAAACCAGCCGCCCUUCCCCCAGGUCCAGAGACCCUCGGCCGGUCAGGGGCAGCUCCGCGAGGGCCUGAGCUCCGAGAGUGUGCUGACGGAUCUCAGCGAGCAGCCCGAGGUGGCCUCGCUUCACAGCAGCGGGAGUGUGGGAGAGGGAGGGAUAGUCGAUGGUGCCACAUCUAGCGAUGCCACCCCAGCGGCGGGCGCCACCCGCGCCAACUCGAUGGCCAGCAUGUGCUCCUCCUCGGGCACGGGCGGGUCGUGCGGCGCCACCGAGGACUCGCUGUCUGACGGGCAUCCGCACUCACCAUUGGAGACGACCCAAGGUCACUUCUCCUUCGACGGCAAGCCCAGUGGAAUUGUGGGAACAGGAGGGAUAGAAGGAGGAGGGAGUGAGACUAGAGGAGGGAAGAGCACGCGCUCACGGGCCAAGAGUUUCCUCAAGCGCAUGGAGAGCAUCAGACUGAGGAGCGCCACUUCCAAUAACAAGAAGAAGAACGGAGGCGGGGGAAGACCUUCCAAACUGGAGAUCAGCGGGCCGGUCAUCAAAGAAGGACUAGACGACGACAAGCUACGGCGCCUCAACUGCGUUGACAUCUCCACCCUCAACCCGACCCAAACCAUGACCCUGAACCGUAACAGGAACGUAUCCUACUCCACGCAGACCAGCAGUGGCAGCAUGGGGAGCUCCGGAAGCACGGGCAGUAGCCAAUCAGAAGCAAGCAGCGGAAGCACCGUUAGCACCCCGAGCCCGGUGACACGAACCCGAAGCCACAGCACCGCGGUGGGAGCCAGUAAGAGAGGUGGGAUGUACCUGGAAGGUUUUGACCCGUUAAGCGUGUUCCUACAGCCGCCUGGAGAACAACAACCCCCAGGUUCAACCCAACCCAAAACCAGACAGAAACCACCUCAGCAACAGCCUAGUAACCGGAUAGUGGCUGAGCAAAACCAAAGCAAGCGUGGUCGCCUCAACGGAGAGAGGGAGGAGGAAGAGGAGGAAGACGGCGUGAUUUUCUUCUACCUUCCCGAAGGCCACAAACCGGGCACAUUCCCCAAAGCGCUCGGCGACGGCAAACAACCACCGCAAAGUGGAAAUGCCGAUCCGCGCUAUCUUGGUAGUCGAUGCCAAACGCGUUGCGGCUCCACCGGCUCAGCGGACAGCCGCCUGAGUUUCUACGACAACGUGCCCAACGUGGCCUAUCAAGGCGAGGAAGACGAUGAAGACAAUGAAGAAGGGGAGGGGCCAAAGUUGGAGGAUGUGCUUGAAUGUGUCAACGGCCUGCAGCGAUUCGUCAACGCCUGGACGGACAGGGAAGAAGAUGAGGGGGAUUCGGAUUCGGCAUUGGAUUCAGCGUCUCCUUGUCCGUCCUCACCUUUGCAGAACCGGCUGGAGGAGACGGACAACGGGAGCGACCAGGACAGCACGGGUAACCCUUUGGGAGAAGGAGAGAGGGAAGAAGGGGAGGGGGAAGAAGCCAUGAGGGAGAGGAGGGACUCCGGAGUGGGAGCCUCUCUCACCAGAUCUAACAGGUUAAAACUGCGCUGGCCCAGUUUCCAGGCCUCCCACCGGCCCAGUCACUCCUGGGCUCAGCGGCAGAUGGGCUGCCAGUCAGUACUGCAGAUGAACCUGCUCCAGAAGCUCUGCCUGCUCCAGCUUACAGCCCUCCUGGAGAAACACACCCCCACCAACAAACACGGCUUCAGCUGGGCUGUGCCGAAGUUUAUGAAGCGGAUCAAGGUGCGGGACUACAAAGACCGGAAUGUGUUUGGAGUACCUCUGCUGCUGAACGUCCAGCGUACGGGUCAGCCCCUGCCUCAGAGCAUUCAGCAGGCCAUGCGCUAUCUACGCAGCCAAUGUCUAGACCAGGUGGGUCUCUUCAGGAAGUCGGGGGUUAAAUCACGUAUUCAGGCGCUCCGUCAGAUGAACGAAACGUGCGGUGCCGACGGAGGCGGAGUCAGUUACGAGGGCCAAUCAGCUUACGACGUGGCCGACAUGCUGAAGCAGUAUUUCCGGGACCUUCCAGAGCCGCUACUCACCAGCAAACUGUCUGAGACCUUCCUGCAGAUCUAUCAAUACAUGCCCAAGGAGCUGCGUCUUCAGGCUACGCGAGCGGCCGUGCUGCUGCUGCCAGACGAGAGCCGCGAGGCGCUGCAGACCCUCCUGUGCCUGCUGAGUGACGUCACCGCCGCCGUGGCAGAGAACCAGAUGACCUGCGCCAACCUGGCCGUCUGCCUGGCGCCUUCGCUCUUCCACCUUAACACGCUGAGACGCAAGGAGAGCUCCUCGCCACGGGGGAUGAACAGGAAGCAGGCGCUGGGUAAACCUGACCAGAGGGACCUCAACGAGAACCUGGCCGCCACCACCGGCCUGGCACACAUGAUCCAGGAGUGCAGGAAGCUCUUCAGGAUCCCAGAAGAGAUGAGUCGCUGCAGAAACUCUUACCAGGAGCAGGCCCUGACCCCCCUGAGGCUGGAGGAGCUCGGGGCUUCCUCUGGGGGGGAAGGACCCAUGGGAUGCAGGACCUACCUCCAGGACAGCCUGGACGCCCUCCUCAAAGAGGCCAAGGACAAGUUCAAAGGUUAUGACAGCUGCUCCACGCCUGAACUCGCCGAGCUGGCGUACAAGAAGGUCCACGAUGGCUCGCCGCUGCGCCUGUGGAAGGCGUCCGUGGAGGUGCCUGCGGGUCCUGAGGAGGUGUUGACGAGAGUCCUCCGGGAGCAGGGCCGCUGGGACGAGGACCUGAUGGAGAGCCGUGUGGUGGAGACGCUAGGCGAUCGCACAGAGGUGUACCAGUACACCAGGAACACCAUGGCCCCCCACCCCACCAGAGACCACCUCGUGCUCAGGACGUGGGUGACAGACCUACCUAAGGGAGCGUGUGCGUUGGUGUGUACCUCAGUGGACCAUGACGGGGCAGCGUUACUGGGCGUGCGGGCCAAUGUGCUCACCUCACGCUACUUCAUCGAGCCAUGCAGCAGCAACAAGUCUCGCCUCACACACAUCUCCAGGGUCGACUGCAGGGGUCGGUUCCCAGAGUGGUACAAUAAACUGUAUGGACACCUGUGUGCCAGUGAGGUGGUGCGGAUACGCCAGUCCUUCACCACCCAGAUGGAUAAGUGAAGGCCAGGCAGCUCCACUUGACUUGGAGACCAAAGUCACAAGAAGGGGCGACACCCUGGAAACCGAAAGACUCUCUAUCCACCCCCACCUCAGCCCCUAAUUCACUACAGCCCUGAUGCUGGUUGGGGUUGACUGGGGGAGGACAACCCAUUGACUCAUUGACAUGAUUCAAGCUCUUGACAGACAUACCCUUGUGUCCUGGACAGAGAGACUUUGAACAGACUUUGUGGUCAUCCGUAGACUGUCAUCAACGACCAGGUGGGGUUACUGCCUCCGAGGGGUCCUGCAAGGCCUGGAACGGCCUUGCAGAGUUGUGUUGUGGUUCUUGUGCUAGGUGGUGCGUUGCGGGCGGCACAACCAAAGUAAAUGUGUCUGAAAUGGAAGUAUGGUGUCACUCAUCCAACAAGCAUAAUACCUUUACAGAGAGGAUGUGACAUCACCGUCACAGGAUGUGAUGUCACGGAUUAGUAAAAAGAGAAUCUAUAGGGGAGGGGGGCUUCUGAGAAGAGAGAAGGUUAGUGUGUGUGUGUGUGUGUGUGUGUGUGUGUGUGUGUGUGUGUGUGUGUGUGUGUGUGUGUGUGUGUGUGUGUGUGUGUGUGUGUGUGUGUGUGUGUGCGUGAUGAAUGGUUGAUUAAUUAGACAUAUUUCAUGCACUGGCUCCCAGCUGCAAUAUAGUGUGUAUAUACUAUAUCCUGCAUCUGUUCAUGUUGCUUUUUCCUGUUUCCUCUCUCUCUCUCUGUGUGUGUGUGUGUGUGUGUGUGUGUGUGUGUGUGUGUGUGUGUGUGUGUGUGUGUGUGUGUGUGUGUGUGUGUGUGUGUGUGUGUGUGCGCGCGCGUGUACUCGUGCACAAGUGUUUUUAUCCUGUUACAGCAGAGGCAAUGUCCACGACAUAGUUUUCAGGAAGAUACUGUAUUUUUCGACGGACGGAUGGAUAAUAUGGGCUAACAGUUGUGUGAAUGUAUUGAAAAUAUGCAAUAUCUGAGUUUGUAUUGAUAAGUGGGGUAUGGUGAGUUGCUAGUUGGUUAAAUGGCAUUAGGGAAAGCUAGUAUAGAGUGGGUUUAAAGGAUGGAACAGAAGCAAAAUGGUGGCUGGAACACCAAUUGGUUGAGAGGGUUAAAAUCGCCCACCAAAACUAAAAUGGAGACUUAGAUUCUGAUGGACCAAGCUUAAAGAAAGCAGACAGUCACAGAACAUUUUUGAUUGAUUCCACUGCUUAAAAGAGCACCGAGAAUACACAACAAUCAACAGGGCUAGGAUUCCAAAAUGGCCGCCAUUUGUAGGAUAAACGUUGAUGAAAGGAACACUUCAGGUUGUUACUUUUGUCGUACGAUGUACAAGAGCAGUCAGGGUAGUCUUCUGCUUCACAGAGAAAAAAAACCUGGGGGGAAAGAAAUAGAAAAGAAGAAAUUAAUGGAAAACAAAGAAAAGAGAAGGUCCUUUUAUAAAGGUGUGGGAUUUUACAGGUUUUACUGUAAAUAGAGGAGGAGAAAGUGCAGGGAAUGUUUGUCUGGUUUAAAGAAGGAAAAAUAAUCUACAUGCGCAGGUUUAUUUUCUGUAAGUCUGUCUGUCUGUCUGUCUGUCUGUCUGUCUGUCUGUCUGUCUGUCUGUCUGUCUGUCUGUCUGUCUGUCUGUCUGUCUGUCUGUCUGUCUGUUACCUUAAAUGAAGUAUAAGACUAAUAGUAACCAAGUACACCUUCAUUGUGUUGUAUUGUUUAACGUUUGUGUACAUUAUUUGUAUGCCGUCAGAUAUGAGUAACGCAUGACAAUGACAUUUAAUUUAAAAAUAUAUUUAUACCUCAGAUAUGUUUUUUUUGUACCAUGUUUAUUUUAUUGUAAAUGUUACGCUUAAGUUACAGAAAUUAGAAAUGUAUUUUAUAUUUUGUAUUAUUAAUAUUAUUUCUGUACAGAUUAAUCACAGUCACGUGCACUAUUAAAUGUAUUAAACAAAGA